GGAUGGUGAAGGAAUCACCGCUGCCUUUGAUUGGCUUACCCUGAUAUUCUUACCCUGCCCUACUAUCGAAGGCAAUAUAUACUAGCCAAUCAGAGACAAAGUAAGGCGGUUCAUAACUACGCCAUCCUACGAAGAGAAAUUGGUGUGCAUGCUUCAUAAACACAAGGAACAGGGCAGAGCCGUUGAACUGCUGUUGCCGUUGCCCAUGGAAUUAUCAGUCGUUCGUCUUCGUGUGUGCCGAAAGAACAGAUAUGUUUUCCUGCUGUGUUUUGCGAUCGGAACAGUACUUGCUUAUCAUUUUACAAGGAAUCGUUCUGAAGUAAGAACAAUGAGCCGUGUGGAAGGUCUGAGGGCCAACUCGUCCCAAUUUACUCUGGAGACAAAACCGUUCCGCGUCCUGGGAGGCUCCAUCCAUUACUUCCGUGUCCCCAGGGCCUACUGGGAGGACCGUCUGCUGAAGCUGAAGGCCUGUGGCCUCAAUACUCUGACAACUUAUGUGCCCUGGAACCUGCAUGAACCUGAGCGAGGGGUGUUCAAGUUCGAGGAUCAGCUGGAUUUAGAAGCCUACCUCCGCCUUGCAGCCAGCCUGGGCCUCUGGGUGAUUCUGCGUCCGGGGCCAUACAUCUGCGCCGAGUGGGAUUUAGGGGGACUCCCCAGUUGGCUACUUCGGGAUCCAAAAAUGAAACUGAGAACAACCUACCCAGGAUUCACUGACGCAGUCAACUCCUUCUUUAAUCAGCUCAUUAAGAAAGUUGUUCCACAUCAGUACUCCAAGGGUGGUCCAAUUAUUGCAGUUCAAGUGGAGAAUGAAUAUGGCUCCUAUGUCAAAGACAAAGAGUACAUGCCUUUCAUCAAGGAAGCGUUAUUGUCAAGGGGUAUCACAGAGCUGCUGCUGACCUCAGACAACAAGGACGGACUAAAGCACGGAGGAGUGAAAGGAGCACUAGAAACCAUCAAUUUCCAGAAACUAAACCCAAAUGACAUCAAAUAUCUGGAAGAAAUACAACCUAAGAAGCCUAAAAUGGUGAUGGAGUACUGGUCCGGGUGGUUCGAUCUUUGGGGGGAACUUCAUCAUGUGUACACAGCUGAAGAUUUCAUACGUGUGGUCACAGAAAUUCUUAAGCAGGACAUGUCCAUCAACCUUUACAUGUUCCAUGGAGGAACAAAUUUUGGCUUCAUGAGUGGCGCAUUUGCUGUUGGAAUACCAGCGCCUAAACCUAUGGUAACAAGCUACGAUUACGAUGCUCCAUUAUCCGAGGCUGGGGAUUACACCACCAAGUACCAUCUUCUGAGGAAUUUAUUCAGCCUGUACCACACCGAGCCUCUCUCAGAACUGCCCUCUCUUCGGGAGAGGAGAGCAUACCAGCCUGUUGUCAUCCAGCAGCACCUGUCUCUGUGGGAUAGUCUGCAUUUCGCCGACAAGCCCUUUAAGUCAGUGAAGCCAGUGAACAUGGAGAAUCUCCCUGUCAACAAUAACAAUGGUCAGUCUUAUGGCUACACACUGUAUGAAACCAUCAUCACCAGUGGAGGAGCCCUCAACUCCAAGAACAACAUCAGAGACAGAGCACUGGUUUUUGUGGACAAACAUUUCGUUGGUAUUCUGGAUUAUAGGACACAAGAACUUUCCCUCCCUGAUGGACAGGGAAAAAGAACUCUAAGUUUACUGGUGGAGAACUGUGGAAGAGUAAAUUAUGGGAAAACUCUGGAUGAGCAGCGCAAAGGUCUUCUCGGAGAUAUCGAGUUAAACAAACAGGUCCUUCGAGACUUCAUUAUUCACAGCCUGGGUAUGAAGCCAGACUUUGUAAACAGACUUGAGAGUGCGGGCCACUGGAACUCCAUGCGGGAGCGACCGUCCUUCCCAGGGUUUUUCCAUGCCAAACUUUAUGUGAACAGUUCUCCAAAAGACACCUUCAUCAAACUCCCUGGCUGGGGAAAAGGUGCAGUAUUUAUCAACGGCAAAAAUCUGGGACGCUAUUGGUCCAUCGGUCCUCAGCAAACUCUCUAUGUCCCAGGCCCCUGGCUUCAUAGGGGGGACAACCAGGUCAUAGUGUUUGAAGAGCAGGAAACAGAUGGUAAGAUUCAGUUCUCCAGCAGCCCUGACUAUGGAAUGCCUGUUGAUGUCCAGUGAGGACAGGAGGUGAGAUGAGGGAAUGAGGAGAGGAAGAUGAUGGCGUAGUAGCUGGGGGAGGAUACAAGCGAGGAUUUCGUCUUCCGAGCUUCAUCUAGUCAGGCACUGACGCUCUGACACGACCAGCAGCACUCAAAAGUCACACGUCAGUGAACUUGACAUUUUUCGUCACUAUUAAAGCAGUUUUUCAUUUUUCAUUUAGACUUCACUGUCAGUCAUUUUCAUUCAUUUCAGAAACAACCUGCACUUAUGUAAUAUAUAACUGGAGACCAAUGAACUGUGACAGAUAAUUGUCUUGAUUAUAAUGAAAUGUCACAUAAUCUGUUCCUCUCAAAGAUUUAAUUUAUAUUUUACAGGUUGUGUAAAAAGAAUUGCAAAUAAAGGCUUGUUUGAACUCUGUCAGUA